AUGUCGGCUCCGCACGCCGACGGGGCACGCCGUCUCGACACCGACACCGACGCCGACGCCGCCGCCGCCGCCGCCGCCGCCGCCGACCAGCUCGUCACCUCCGCCGACCCAGAACAUCCCGCCAACCUCAUCCCCUCGCUGUGCGCCAAGUUCUGGACGCUGGGAUGGGUCACGGGCACCGGCGGCGGCUGCUCAGUUCGCCAUGACGACCUCGUCUACAUCGCCCCCUCGGGCGUCCAGAAGGAACUCAUGAAGCACACAGACAUAUACGUGCUCUCCCUCUCCUCCCAGGAGCCGUCCUCCAAGCAGCGCACCUACCUCCGCGCGCCGCCGUGCCACAAGCCGUCCCAGUGCACCCCCCUCUUCCUGGCCGCCUUCACGCGCCGCAACGCCGGCUGCUGCAUCCACACGCACUCGCAGUGGGCUGUCCUCGUCACGCUGCUCCUCGAGGCCCGCGGCCCCGGCGCCGACCGCGUCUUCGAGAUCAACAACAUUGAGCAGAUCAAGGGCUUCGGCAGGGGCCCCUCCAAGCAGGGCAACCUGGGGUACCAUGACACCCUGAGGAUUCCCGUCAUCGAGAACACCCCCCACGAGGAAGACCUGACGACGUAUCUGGAGGGCGCCAUGCUUCAGCACCCCGAUACCUACGCCGUGCUCGUCAGGAGGCAUGGGGUUUAUGUCUGGGGGGAUAACGUGCACAAGGCAAAGACCAUGUGCGAGAGUCUCGAUUAUUUGUUCCAGUUGGCGGUGGAGAUGGAGAAGCUGCGUCUGCCGUGGAUCAGUGACGUUGCCCGUGUCGCGCCUGAUCGAGCUUGA